AGACAGUGAGCGGAACGGCCUUUUGCUCUGCCGCGUCCCUGUUUGCCACGGCUGUAAGAGGUGGCUGACAACUGUGAGAACGGUGGAAAGGAUCGAGUUCUGAUGCUUUUGUUUCUGCAGCUUAGGCGCUCCUCUGCACACCUUGUAAUAAGUUGUAAUUUCUGUUUGAUUUGGAUCUACAGAUGGCGGGCGAGAAGGCGGCCGGUGAGAAAAAGCCAGGCGAGAAAAAGCGGGGCAAGAAAAAGACAGGUGAGAAGAAACCGGCUGAGCAGAAGCCAAGCCAGAAGGAAGUCGGUGAGAAGAAGAAGAAGAUUAAGAAGCAUCAUGCCAGCCGUAACCCUGUCCUGGCCCGGGGUAUCGGGAGAUAUUCCCGGUCGGCCAUGUAUGCCAGAAAAGCACUGUACAAGCGCAAGUACACUGCUCCAGAAACAAAGAUAGAAAAGAAGAAGAAAGAAAAGCCACGCGCAACCAUCAGCAAGCCGGUUGGUGGAGAUAAGAACGGAGGCAGCCGGGUGGUUAAAAUCCGCAAAAUGCCCAGGUAUUAUCCCACCGAAGAUGUUCCUCGCAAGCUUUUGAGUCACGGCAAAAAGCCCUUUUGCCAGCACAAGAGGAGGCUGCGGGCCUCUAUCACACCAGGAACCGUUCUGAUCCUUCUGACGGGCCGUCACAGAGGCAAGCGCGUCGUCUUCUUGAAGCAGCUUGCUACUGGCCUUUUGCUUGUUACAGGACCCUUGGUUGUCAAUCGUGUCCCUCUGCGUAGGGCCCAUCAGAAAUUUGUUAUUGCUACAUCUACAAAGGUUGAUAUCACUGGAGUGAAAAUUCCCAAGCAUCUCACUGAUGCCUACUUUAAGAAGAAGAGGCUGCGUAAGCCCAAGCACCAGGAAGGCGAGAUCUUUGACACCGAAAAAGAAAAAUACGAGAUAACGGAGCAACGCAAGUCAGAUCAGAAGGCAGUGGAUUCACAGAUCCUUGCACGGAUCAAGAAGGUGCCUCAGCUCCGGGGGUACCUGCGUUCUACAUUCUGUCUCUCAAAUGGCGUCUAUCCUCACAAAUUGGUGUUCUAGCUUGUUCCGAAAACACCACAUUAAAUUUGAAGGGAGAAAA